AUGCCACCAAAACGUAAAGCGAGCAUUCCCCUCAACGCGGCAUCUGCAAACAACUACACCGAUGUAUCCGGCGACGCACCCAACAAGCGCUCGCGCAUUGCCAAACCCCUCCAGAAAGCCUUCACAAACGGCGCGCCACCCCCAGAAGCGAUAGCGAGAAACACUGAAAAUGGGGCGCCUGGACAGGCAGUGAAGAACGAAGAAGGAGGCUUUGAUCACUCGAGACCGGAAGAGAGGGCAGGUAUAGUUGACAGGCGAUACUAUCCUGCUGAGAUGAGUAAUGAGCGAUGCGCCCUGUACAAUGCAAAUGAGAUACCGCGGCCAAUUGAGGUACUGGGAAAGACGCUGGAGAGCACAAAGCAUAGGCGCCAAGCUAUCAGGGAAGCAAGUAAGGCGCAGUCCGGCGAUGCGGUGGUACACUGGUUCAAGAGGGAUCUGCGGAUCAGAGAUAACACAGGCUUGUCACAGGCUGCCAAACUAGCCAAGGAGAAAGGGGUGGGCUUAAUAGGCGUGUGGUUCAUGAGUCCACAAGACUGGGAAGCUCAUCUGGUCAGCCCGCCGAAGUGUGAUUUCGAGCUGCGCUCCGUAGACUCACUGAAGAAGGAGCUCGAAGAAUUGGACAUCCCACUCUACGUUGAGACAAUUCCGGAGAGAAAGAAUGUAACAAAGCGACUCGUAGAGUUGGCGGAGGAUUGGAAUGCGAAGAAUGUGUUCUGCAACCUGGAGUAUGAACCUGACGAGCUGCGGCGAGAAGAGCGUUUAGUACGCAAGAUGCUGGAGAAGGGUAUCAACUUCGAACCACAACACGAUGACUGCAUUGUACCGCCUGGAAGUCUUAAGACGGGUGGAGGGAAGCAGUACGCGGUGUAUAGCCCUUGGUAUCGGGCAUGGGUUGCAUAUCUUCACGCCCAUCCGCAUCUCUUGAACGAGCGACCGAUGCCUGAACGUAAUCCUCCCAAAUUCCGCCAAGCUUUCACUCAGCUCUUUGACUCCAAGGUCCCUGACCUUCCAGAUUGCAAGUCGUUGACCCCUGAAGAGAAAGAUCGUUUCCAUCAUCUGUGGCCCGCAGGCGAAUCCGCAGCCAUUGACCGCCUCGAACGCUUUUUGGUGGAAAAGAUCGGCAAAUACAAGGACACGCGCAAUUUUCCAGCUAAGAACAGUACAGGACGCGUAAGCCUGCAUCACGCAGCUGGCACGCUAGCGGCACGAACCAGUGUGCGUAUGGCAAGGGACGUCAAUAGUGCGAAGAAGCUUGAUGGUGGUAAGGAUGGUGUCAAAGGUUGGAUUGGAGAAGUAGCAUGGCGGGACUUCUAUCGGCAUGUCCUUGUACACUGGCCCUACGUUUGCAUGAACAAGCCCUUCAAGUUCGAAUACACAAACAUCGAAUGGGAGUACAAUGACGCACACUUCCAGGCUUGGACCCAAGGUCGCACAGGCUAUCCUAUCGUCGACGCAGCAAUGCGUUGCCUCAACCACACCGGCUACAUGCACAACCGCCUCCGCAUGAUCACAGCCUCCUUCCUUGCAAAACACCUCCUGCUCGACUGGCGUCUCGGCGAACAAUACUUCCUCACGCACCUCAUAGAUGGCGACUUCUCGUCAAAUAAUGGCGGCUGGGGCUUCAGUGCAUCAACCGGCGUAGACCCACAACCAUACUUCAGAAUCUUCAACCCAUGGAUACAGUCCGAGAGGUUCGACGAAGAGGGAGAGUUUAUCAAAUUGUGGGUACCAGAGCUCGAGGAUGUGGAGGGGCCGGCUAUACAUAAUCCUUAUGCUGCGGGUGGGAAGGCAGCACAAACCGCGAAGGCGAAAGGCUAUCCUGAGCCAGUAUGUGAUGAAGAUCGACCCAAAUGCAGCUCAUGCAAGAAGAAAGACCGACCAUGUACCUACUCCUACGGAAAAGCUUCGGUAUUUGUGGUGCAGGACCCAGUCCAGUUGACCAAGCACGGAAAAUCAAAAACCGCACCCAUCACAUAUUCCCUGACCUCUUCUGGUGAAGACGCUGGCUUAUCUUCAACAAAGUCUUUGGAUCUCCGUGUUACAACCGAAAGGCACACGGAGGACGGACAAGGCUGCUUCCAGACCCUAGCACUAGGCUCGAAGUUUAAGAGCCAUGCCUCGAAGAAGAAGAUAAACAAACAGCAACGUGCGCUUGAGGCUUACCUCCGGAAGCUACGGGAAGAGACAGCCCUCAUAUCUUACCAGCCAUCCUCUCCUGAAACCACGUUGAUCGCCCGAUAUGUUGGUAUGCUGGGACCCGACCCUACGGGAAAGCAGCCUUUUGAGAUAUUGGGAACCUGGAUACAGUCCAUACCUUCGCGCAUCGGUUCAAACAGAAUGCUAGACCUGGCUGUUGAGUUUUUGGUUGAUAGCUAUGGGACGUUUCGAGAUGACAUGCACUCGCGGCGAAAGGUCGCCAAAGCGUCGAAAGCCAAAGCAUUGAAAGAACUUCAGCUCGUUGUAAUGAGCGCGGAUAACAAACCAACGUAUGAUGUCUUGUUAGCAACAAAGUUGCACUACGCUGCGGAGGCUCUCUUGGGGCUGGAUACCAUGUACCACGCCAUACAUGCAUUCGGUCUCGCCGAACUGCUGAGGUCGGGAUCAGUGUCGGAGGUUGAUGAUGAGCAUUUCUGGGAUCUGAUCGACAACACUUAUAUUGACGAUGUGAAUGAGGCGAUGUUGGCAGGCCGCACGUCCGUAUAUUAUAACGAUUUCUAUUUGUCAGCUACAUACCCGCCACCGAUCGACUCUAGCGCAAUCGUACUAUCGCCAUCGCAAAGAGCAUCGAUGGCCAUUAUGCACGUCUUCAUUCAGUGCCCCUAUGCGGUAUCCUUGAUCCGGAACGCCAUCGCGAACCCCAACGACACGAGUGCCCUUGCGACCGCCAUGUCGCACCUAGAGUGUCUGAUACAAAUUGAUCUUUCACAACAUGUAUCUGAACUGAUGCAAACAUCAGUUUCUUUUGUAUCUAUACCGCCAUCGCCGGACAUCGCCGACCUGAUGCUUGAUACGUUAGAGUUCGACUCAGUACGAAGUAUGAUUCUCUGCACAAGAUACUGGAUGUUGCAGACGGUACUUUGCGGUCUUGCGGACACGUUAUAUCGACACUUCCCGAUCGAGGCUGGAUUAUCGCUGCUUCCGUCGCCUCAGCAACUACGAGCCAUUGAUAUUGAUAGCGCACUACAUAUCGCAAAGUCGUUAAGAUGGGCAAACUCUAUUUCUCAAGAUCUACCACUUGUAACACUACGCUUACACACGCCGCUUCAGAUGACGAUCGGCCCAUGGCACCGCACGAUACGAGAAAUCACUACCCAACGAUCACGAUCUGCCUCACCAAACAUCCUCCCCGAGAUUGCUACAGAGCUAUCACGCGCCGAGCGCAUGAAGGCCUGGGUGAUCGGUCAAUGCAACUUGAUACACAUUCAGUGGAACGUAUCCGUUGUCGAUGAACAGCCCCUUCUGGAAGCUCUCGAUACUAUGGCUGGAGAGAAGAUACCAGAUUGGCUUCCUAUACGUGUGCGCUUCGAAGCCGAAGACGGCGAAAUGGUUAUGAAGUUGGACUACGAGAAUAAAACAGGAAGCUUCUCACAGAAGAUUGAUGUCAACACUGAGCCCCCGCCCAAAACACGAAUGCCGCAUCCUGGAGCUAAGGGCCAAGAAUGGCAGAGGAAAUACCUUGCAGUACAAGAGCUGCCGCUUAGGGGUGGCCAGAACGAAGAAUGCGUGUUUGGCUCCGAGUUGGACUACCAGACCUGUGGACUUCAUCCACAGCACCGGGAGGAACUUGUGCUCAACUUCUGGGUGGUGGCCUGA